CAAACCUGCUGCAAAGGCGACCGGUCGUAGCACGCUGAUACUAUCACUAUCUGUCUGCGUUGUGUUGUCUCUUCUGUCCGUGUGUUUUGUCUGUUGAGCUAGAACAACCGCCUGCAGUAGAGGCCAGCUCUUGGACAGGACUCAUCGUGGGCGAUAACGAGCAAUCUGCGAGCUUGCUUUCGCAAUGGCUUCGCUAAUGCAAUCAUCGGCUGUGCCGUCGACAAUUCGGCAUCAGCUAUCCUCAAUCACAUCGACCAUUUCUUCUUCGUCAUCUUUUGGUAGUAUAAGGGCGUUUUCAUUGCUUUGCGGGUCGCAACGGCGAACCCAAACCUACCCUCAAAAAAAUAAGCACAUCUAUCUUAGCGUGUCCAGUCCAAAGUCGUUACCGUCUAUCCAACAGUCGAGAACCUUUCUAGCAAAACUCGCCCGCAAGUUCCCGGCUACAGCUCACACCACACCACCAACCAACCCCGCGGACGUCGAAGUAGGACAAGCUCAAAUCCCUCCCCUUCAGCUCACCAACCUUCCAUACUUUGUACGCCGUACGCCGUCGAAUCAACUUCCAGUCUAUUUGGAAACCAAGGCUGGCGGCACGAAAAAAUUGACGAAGAUUCAGAAGACGGAAGGGGAUUUGGAGGCCUUGAGGUCAGACCUUGCAAGAACUCUGGGUCUCGAGACUGGUGACCCUCGUGCUAAAAAGAGUCCUGAGGUGACUAUAAACCCUACUAAUGGUCAUAUUGUCGUCAAGGGCUGGAGGAAACCAGAAAUCCAGCAAUUCCUCACUGAGCGAAAUUUCUAAGAUGAAAAUCACGAUGUGGUUUCAUGGAUCAAUUGUACAGCGCAAUAAAUUAUCACCUUGCAUUACCACCUCUCUCUCACCUUUGACCUUGCCGUGUUCGCGCCUGUUUCCCGGUUAAUGUGGCUCUUUGAUCAUCUCUGGCGUUACAUGCAUUUCGUGUGCUCUUUUUUGAACGCAUUUUUUUAUCUAUGGAAUGGGUUGUGCAUGUGGGAAUCGAUUUCCUUUCCCCCUCUUCUCUAUUAGCAUCUCUUAAUCUCUACGAUUAUCCUUUCUGCUUGCGAUUCAGUUGUGCUUAAAAAGUUGUUUUUGAAUUCUUCUUUUGAAGAAAUAAUUAAUGUAUAUCACGCACUUAGCGAAUUCUAUCUCGCUCUUCCUAUCUUCCAGCUGUAGGGGACUUUGAUGUAUACUAAGCAUUAACGAAACAAUAUAUUGAAGCGAAAGAGUAAACUUCU